CACACGAGCACUGUGAAACGGGAAUAGGGAACGGAAAACGCCACGGUAGCACAGCACAGGGGAUACGCAACCCCCCUUAUCAAAUACAAAUCGCAGAUUGACAAAUAAAGGACGCGGACUCUUGGAAAUAAGAAGACCAUCAAGAAAAUCUCGAACGAAAAUAUUUUAGCCACGACGGCGAGGGAACAAUGAAGGAUCGUACGCAAGAACUACGAAGUGCCAAGGACAGCGACGAUGAUGAGGAAGUUGUCCACGUGGACCGAGACCACUUCAUGGAUGAGUUCUUCGAACAGGUGGAGGAGAUCCGUGGCUGCAUAGAGAAGCUCUCUGAGGAUGUGGAGCAGGUGAAGAAGCAGCACAGCGCCAUCCUAGCGGCACCCAACCCUGACGAGAAAACCAAGCAGGAGUUGGAGGACCUUACAGCUGACAUCAAGAAGACAGCCAAUAAAGUUCGCUCAAAAUUAAAAGCAAUCGAGCAGAGCAUUGAGCAGGAGGAGGGCAUGAACAGAUCAUCCGCAGACCUGCGAAUCCGCAAGACACAGCACUCGACGCUGUCACGUAAGUUUGUGGAGGUCAUGACUGAAUACAACACUACGCAGUCCAAAUACAGAGACCGCUGCAAGGACCGCAUCCAGAGGCAGCUGGAGAUCACUGGGAGAACAACCACCAACGAGGAGCUGGAGGAUAUGUUGGAGAGUGGCAAGCUGGCCAUCUUCACUGAUGAUAUCAAGAUGGACUCCCAGAUCGACAAGCAGGCCCUCAACGAGAUCGAGACUAGACACUCCGAGAUCAUGAAACUGGAGACCAGCAUCCGUGAGCUCCACGACAUGUUCCUGGACAUGGCCAUGCUUGUGGAGAGUCAGGGCGAGAUGAUUGACAGAAUCGAGUACAACGUGGAGCACUCAGUGGACUAUGUGGAGAGGGCAGUGUCUGACACCAAGAAGGCCGUCAAAUACCAGAGCCAAGCCCGCAAGAAGAAGAUCAUGAUCAUAAUCUGCUGCGUCGUUCUCGGAGUCGUCCUGGCGUCCAGCAUCGGAGGGACCCUCGGCUUCUAGACACGGAAGAGGAACGACGAACAACGAGAAAAAAACAUUGAGAGAAAUAUAUCACAUACAAUACGAGAUAAGGAAACUGUUAUUAAGGGGGUUGGGUGGGGUUGAAAAAACAAAGACAAAAAAAAGCAAACAAACAAACAAACAAACAAACACUACACGCUAGCUGACUAAACACAUGCUGUAUACAAAAAUGUGGGUACAAGCAAACAUAAUACAAUGUACAUGUAAAUGUAUUGAACAUAAGAACAUAUGAAACAGCACAUGGGUUAGCUCCCUGUAAAGAAAUAUGUCGUACAAACAUUUUUCUUUCUUUAUUUUUUAAACUGUUUCUUUCGUUUUUCGGGGGUCUCCAGGAUAGUGCCAGAUACUGCUAAAUUGUUUGUGUUCCUACGAAGUCAAAGGUUUUUAUUUGAAGGGUUGCAUUCUCGUGUUUGUUGCACAAACGUAACGGUAGAGUUUUAGAGAGAGGGACUUGUGUAGCUGACAUCACACAGACACUUCAGUCACGUUUCGUCGGGAGGGAUUUCCGAUUCUCCAGACAGCUCCCAAACCAUUGGUUCUGACUGUCCGUCAUUGAUCAGUCUAACUAGUACAGUCGUGAAUCACCAGAACCCAGAUAGUAACUGAUAUGGAGCAGGCUCUGUUCCCAUGACCUGGUCCAGAAUUGGACUCCUCUCAGAGUUCAGUUGCUAUCAGGGUUUGGUGAGGAAGAAAAAAAAAACUCAGAACAUGGCCUCCAAAUCUCCAAUGCGCCUUUGUUCCAUUCGACCAAUAUAGAGCUUUUUACUUAAUAAGCACACAGCUGAAUGAACGGGGAACAGGCCAUUUUGAAGUGUCCCCAAGCGUACAGAAACCCCCCAGGGGCAUGAGCCUAGCAGUAGGCCUCAGCAUGACACUACGCAGGCCCUGGUUUCCAGUACGAGAGACAGAAAGACAAGACUGUCUGUGCGCUUUGGGCCAAAUCUGUCGUGCAGGAAACGUUGCAUUUCUGACAUAACAAAAAGACUCAUGCCACAGGCGAGGUACAACCACGUGCCGCUAAGUUGAACUAUGCAGUUUUGACAUAAGAGCAAAGAAUGACGAGAGUCACGCCCCCUCCCCACCCCCACCCCAAUCCCACAAGCUGAAGGGUUGAUUCUCCAGUGCCACACUUGGUGACAACCCCCGAGAGAGAAAAUGUGUGUGAACGAGGACAUUUUAGCUUUUGACGCUGUUCUAAAGAUAUUUCUGAAAAUGAAGAACGUUUAAAAGUACAGAAGAAAACCUAAAGGAAUUUCAAAAACUUGAAAACGUUUGGCUAGCCUUGGUGUAGUCCUGUAUCGUCUUGCGGAGGUGCUUGUGCUGAUGUGGUCGUGUAGCCCAUGACGUGUCUUGUGACUAAUAGUCUUGCCUCAGUUUUGCAUUUCAAUGUUUUUUUCCACUUUAUUUUACCCAUACCUCUUGGACGGUUGGUGAAAGUGAUGUUGAUAUAUAUGAAAAUACAUAUAGAUAUAAAUAUAUAUAUAUAUAGACAUAAUAUAUGUACCACUCCAAUGAAGUUUUAUUUUUCCUAGCAGAGGUAUAGCCUACAACACAAUACUCAAAUAUACUACUUUAAGAUCCAGAUUUAAGACUCAAACAUACUGCUUUAUUGUAAACCUUAUUUAAUUAGACAGUACAAAAGUUCAAGUAUUGGUUCAGAUAUUUUGGAAAGUUAUUUUCUAGAUUCUCGACAUUAUCAGGCUGAAAAACUUGCGACAUCUUGGUGCUACUUAGUUUUCCCUGUGUGAAGGACAACACCUGUCCGUCUUCUCCAAACACCUCAAAGACACCACUCAACAUCCUCCGCUGCAUGUGGCCCGAUGGCUGUAUAGAAGCGCAGGUUAUCAAAAGCCACUCGGUGUCCCAUGGAGAGAGUGCUGAGUCCUGCAGCGACCUGCCUGUGCUGAAGGCUUGCACAUGCAGGACUCUCAGAGCUAAGGCUAAAGCUAAGGCGAACUGAAUGACGAAGCUUCAGCUCUGUCACCUCAGUCCAGUGGAAGUCAGUUGGGCCAAGUGAGCUCUUUAGGCCGCCAUCACCACCGCUUUGGCAAUCUGUGUAGCAAUGGUGUGAGUCGAAAAAGGUUUUUGUUUUAUUUUUUUACCCCACACACUACUCACUGAAAGGAAAGGUGAAGAGUACAAACACACAUACACACACACACAUUGAGUAAAAUUUAAAAGCCAGCAAUAUAUUCUUUUUUAAAGACAAACCUCAAGAAACCAUGUCAGCUAGUUUCGUAAGGUUUCACAGAUUGUGCUUCCCAUUAAUGUUAAUGUGUCUGGAAGCCAUCUUGACCAUCAUUAAGAGCAUGGUUGAACUUUUAUAUCUAACCGUUAAGCAAAAGAAAUAGCUGGCAUGUGGCUUGUAAUUUAAAAAGAAUAAACGUGUGCUUCUUUGUAUGCCGUGAUGAAAAUGUCAACAUCAGUUAAUUGUAGUGUGUAUUUGUUGGAUGAUUACUAAAAAAAAUAAGAGCCAGCUCUAUUCA